AUGGUUGACAGUAUACUUAAGUUCACUGAUGACUCCGGUCAGAUGAGCACUGUCUACUGGCCCCAAGGUAAGCGUACGACAAUCCCUGCUCAGUCAGAGGUAGUGUUAGAGGCCUGUGCACGCCCACGCCCAGAUGGUAAGGACUAUGUUGGCCUUGUGGAACCCAUACAAGAAAACGGGCUGCCAGGGCAGCUACUUCUGGCGCGCUCACUGAGUACAGUGGCUAAUGGCAGGGUCAUGAGCAAAGUCCACUACUUGGGGCAUGUAAUUACAGAAGGGGGUGUGUCACCAGACCCGGGAAAACUACAAGCAGUGGAGGCCUGGCCAGCUCCUAAGAAUAUUACCCAGCUCCGUGCAUUUCUUGGCCUGGCUGGAUAUUACAGACGGUUCAUAAAAGACUUCGCCAGCCUUGCAGCCCCAUUGAAUUCCUUGCUGUGGGGUACAUCAAAGCGGCGCACCCAAGCUGGCUCAGACAAUAACCCCCUGGCCCACUUGAACACUGCAAACCUGGGUGCAGUUGAGCAACGCUGGUUGGCCCAGCUGGCGGGGUUCCAGUUUGGGGUGCGCUACAGACCAGGAAGGAUGAAUGGAAAUGCGGAUGCCCUGUCGCGGUGGCCUACGGAUUACACUGUAAAUGGGGAAGAGCAAGAGACUGCUGCUCCUGCAGAUGGGCUGGUGAGUGUGAAACCUGAGGUGGUCCAGGCGUGUAUGCAUGCUUUUGUUCCAGAGAGAGGUGAGCUGAAGGAGGAUUUAAGUGCGGGAACACCAGUGCAGAUGGAGCGGGGCGACUGGCUUGGUCCUAGCCUGCUCUUAGACUGGAGGAGGGCCCAGCGUGCUGACCCGGACGUCUCCUGGCUAUGGCUCUACCAGGACCGAGGAAAAGCACCCUCUCCAAAAGAGAGAGCAGCAGAAGGCCGGGGGACCCAAGCCCUGCUACGAGAAUGGGAUCGCCUCUGCCAGGAACGAGGACUGCUAUGUAGAGGGAUAUGGGAUGCUAAGACCUUUGAAAAAGUGAAGCAGGUGGUGGUACCUCAAUGUCUGCAGAAGCAGGUCUUGGAGUGGCUGCAUGACCAAGCAGGCCACUUGGGAGCAGAGAAGGUGCUGGGCCUGGUCCGUCGACGCUUUUUCUGGCGGGGUGUGGCCAUGGACGUAAAAGAGUACUGCGCCAAAUGCAUGAGGUGUAAUCUUCACAAGACUCCCAGCACCAAAGUAAGUGCCCCUCUUGUGUCCAUACAAACCAGCUACCCUCUACAAUUUGUGUCAGUUGACUUUUUAUCCCUAGAGGCUGCCCGAAGUGGAAUGAGCAAUGUGCUGGUCAUAGUUGACCACUUCACCCGGUAUGCAGUUGCUGCACCCACAGUAGACCAGACUGCAGCGACAACUGCCGAGGUGCUUUGGAAGCACUUUAUUCAGCCAUAUGGGGGCUUUGAUCAACUACAUUCAGACCAGGGUCCCAAUUUUGAAUCUAGUGUCAUCAAGGAAUUAUGCACAUUCCAAGGGCUGGAGCAUGUGGGGAUGGCAGUUGCAAACCCUGAUGUCAAUAAGGACAAUAACUGGUGCAUGUAUCCGUUUGUCUGA